AUGGAGCCCAGUAUCUUGCUCCUCCUUGCUCUCCUUGUGGGCUUCUUGUUACUCUUAGUCAGGGGACACCCAAAGUCCCGUGGCAACUUCCCACCAGGACCUCGUCCCCUUCCCCUCUUGGGGAACCUCCUGCAGUUGGACAGAGGAGGCCUCCUCAAUUCCUUCAUGCAGCUUCGAGAAAAAUAUGGAGAUGUGUUCACAGUACACCUGGGACCAAGGCCUGUGGUCAUGCUAUGUGGGACAGACACCAUAAAGGAGGCUCUGGUGGGCCAAGCUGAGGAGUUCUCUGGUCGGGGAACAAUCGCUGUGAUUGAGCCAAUCAUCAAGGACUAUGGUGUGAUCUUUGCCAAUGGGGAACGCUGGAAGGCCCUUCGGCGAUUCUCUCUGGCUACCAUGAGAGACUUUGGGAUGGGAAAGAGGAGUGUGGAAGAACGGAUUCAGGAGGAAGCCCAAUGUUUGGUGGAGGAACUGCGGAAAUCCCAGGGAGCCCCACUGGAUCCCACCUUCCUCUUCCAGUGCAUCACAGCCAACAUCAUCUGCUCCAUUGUGUUUGGAGAGCGCUUUGACUACACAGACCGCCAGUUCCUGCGCCUGUUGGAGCUGUUCUACCAGACCUUUUCCCUCAUAAGUUCAUUCUCCAGCCAGGUGUUUGAGUUCUUCUCUGGGUUCCUGAAAUACUUUCCUGGUGCCCACAGACAAAUCUCCAAAAACCUCCAGGAAAUCCUCGAUUACAUUGGCCAUAAUGUGGAGAAGCACAGGGCCACCUUAGACCCCAGCACUCCACGAGACUUCAUCGAUACUUACCUUCUGCGCAUGGAGAAGGUGAGUCCUGCAUGGAUGAGAGAGGAGAAGUCAAACCAUCACACAGAGUUCCAUCAUGAGAACCUCAUGAAGUCUGUGCUCUCUCUCUUCUUUGCUGGCACUGAGACCAGCAGCACCACACUCCGCUAUGGUUUCCUGCUCAUGCUCAAGUACCCCCAUGUCGCAGAGAAAGUCCAAAAGGAGAUUGAUCAGGUGAUCGGUUCACACCGGUUACCAACCCUUGAUGACCGCAGUAAAAUGCCAUACACUGAUGCAGUUAUCCAUGAGAUUCAGAGAUUUUCAGAUCUUGUCCCUAUUGGAGUGCCACACAGAGUCACCAAAGACACCAUGUUCCGAGGGUACCUGCUUCCCAAGAACACUGAGGUGUAUCCCAUCCUGAGUUCAGCUCUCCAUGACCCACAGUACUUUGACCACCCAGACACCUUCAAUCCUGAGCACUUCCUGGAUGCCAAUGGGGCACUGAAAAAGAGUGAAGCUUUCAUGCCCUUCUCCACAGGAAAGCGCAUUUGUCUUGGCGAAGGCAUUGCCCGAAAUGAAUUGUUCCUCUUCUUCACCACCAUCCUCCAGAACUUCUCUGUGUCAAGCCAUUUGGCUCCUAAGGACAUUGACCUCACGCCCAAGGAGAGUGGCUUUGGAAAAAUACCUCCAACAUACCAGAUCUGCUUCUUAGCUCGGUGAUCGGGCUGAGGCAGCCAGGUGCCCCAGUUCUGUUGGGAAUGGCCUCAUGUUUCUGCCUCUGGGAGACCUGCUCCUGAAAACCAGGCUCAAGGCCACUGCUCACAUCUUCCUAUUGCAGUUCUCCAAAGUCCCAAGGCUUGUUCUUAUCCCUGUGAAUGGCACUGAAGAAAUCAAUCGACUGUCUUUUUUUGACAUGUGAACAGAGAUUUCAUGAGUCCACAUCUCAUGCUGAGUCACUUCCCUCUUCCUCCUAACAGCCCACUUCCCCACUUAUCAGCCCUCCAGGGUCUGUGAUCUGUGCUAAUAGACUCUGUAUGUGGUCUCAGUGCUAUGUCUACAGACUUGCAUAGUAUGUAUGGUUCAGGUAAACAGAAUCACAGAGUGUGUG